UGCGGAAGUUGCUGCCGGAAGUGGCGUGCUUGGGGCUUGCUGUGUGCAACACGUGGGAAGGCGCUACUGGAGGGUCCUGAAGAGUGAGGCGGAAGGGCCGGCAGCAAGAGCAGCCCUCCAAGACGGAAUGGCUGGAGGUGGGCUUUAGCCCUGGGAUGCCUGAAGAUUGGAAUCUGAGCUCCCUUUGAGGAUUGGAGUACUACCUUUUAUUUUUAUUUUUAUUUUUAAAAAAGAAGAACCUCUGAUUGUUUCGUCUUCUCUCCUUCACCAUGUUUGGCUCUUCCCGAAGUGGCGUGAGAGGAGGGCAGGACCAGUUCAACUGGGAAGAUGUGAAGACGGAUAAACAAAGAGAAAACUACCUGGGGAACUCUUUGAUGGCCCCGGUAGGCCGAUGGCAGAAAGGCAAAGAUCUCACGUGGUAUGCCAAGGGGAAGAAAGGCGAUGCGCCCGUCUCCCGGGAGGAUGAGCUGGCUGCUGUCCGGCGGGCAGAAGAGGAGGCCAUGAUGGCAGCCUUGGGUUAUAAGAAUGUGAAGAAGCAGCCAACAGGACUAAGCAAAGAGGAUCUUGCUGAGGUCUGUAAACGUGAUGGAGCAGAGAGGGAUGAGAAGGGAGUCGAUCGUGUGUUGGGCCUCGGGAGCUCAAGGUAUGAUGGAAGCAGGAUGAUGUUUUCCAAGGAAGACAAAGAAGCUGCCAAACUGGGCCUUUCAGUCUUUACGCACCAUCAAGCCGCAAACAGUCCAGAAGCUUCGGCUACUAAGAAGAAACCAGAUAAGGAAGAGGAAACUGCAGCCAUGGAGCCAGAGGUCAGCAAGAAAUCUAAAAAGGAGAAGAAAAAGAAAAAGCACAAGAAGGAAAAGAAAAAGGUGAAAGACAAGCACCGUAGAAAGCGAGCUGCGGCUUCCUCUUCCACCUCCUCUUCUCCAGACGACAGAGACAGAAAAAGGCGACCUUCCUCGCCUCCUGAGCACCAUCCAUCAUCCUCCCGGCAGGCUGGAGCCAACCGCCAUGACAGCCAUUCAUCACCCACCCGAGAAGAACAGAAACCACCCAGCAGGUGGCGCCACAACCCAGCCUCCUCCAGUAGCAUGGAGGGAGGGACCCCCUGCGGCCGAUCAAAGACACAGGCCCCCAAACUCAGAAGGAGGGAAUGUCGCAGUGGCAGUGACAGCUGGUCCCCGUCUCCUAGAGGCAAGGGCACUGGGGCCCAGAAGCGGCGGCGGAGGAGAAGCAGGUCCCCCACAGCACACAGAGCCCAGAGGAGGCACGACACGGAUUCUGGUGACUGAGUCUUCCUUUGAAAUCCAAGAGGCUGUGGCCUUUGUUUUAAGGACACUACCCCGGCUGGAUCUAAUUCAUGGCUGAUGCAAAUGUCCGUGUUCCUUUUGGAGUUGGGCUUUUAUGUGUCUCCGUCGGCUUGCAGCAGUCUGGGGCCAAGGGAAGGGAGGCAACACCCUCCUCAAUAAAAGUUUGUACCUAAAAAGUC